AUGUUAUCUGGGUGUCGUGAGGCAGGGACAGAGAGUAGCGACACUGUCGUCAUCUAUCCGGGUACUGCCCCCAUCUCCGCACAACCCGCCAUGACCCUACUCUUCCCUUCACCCUCUAAAUCAGACCCUACUCUUCCUUCACCCUCCAAAUCAGACCCUACUCUUCCUUCAUCCUCUAAAUCCAGACCCUACUCUUCCCUUCAUCCUCUAAAUCAGACCCUACUCUUCCCUUCAUCCUCUAAAUCAGACCCUACUCCUUCCUCCAUCCUCCUAAAUCAGACCCUACUUCUUCCCUUCACCUCUCCCUACCUUCCUUCACUAAAUCAGACCCUACUCUUCCUUCAUCCUCCUGUCUACACCCUAGACCCUACUCUUCCAUCUCCUCUAAAUCAGACCCUACUCUUCCCUUCUCCACCACCGGAUCUAAAUCAGACCCUACUCCUCUGUCUCCAACACCAGACCCUACUCUUCCCUCCAUCUGCUAAACACCUCUUCCCUCUGCUCUUACUCUCCAUCUGCUACACCAGACCCUACUCUUCUCUCCAUCUGCUACACCGGACCCUACUUCCUCCUCCCCUACACCGGACCCUACUCUUCCUCCAUCUGCUACACCGGACCCUACUCUUCCCUCCAUCUGCUACACCGGACCCUACUCUUCCCUCCAUCUGCUAUAUCCGGACCCUACUCUCCUCCAUCUGCACCUCUUCUCUCCAUCUGACCCUACCCUUCUCUUCCUCCAUCUGCUACACCGGACCCUACUCUUCUUCCAUCUGCUACACCGGAUCCUACUCUUCCUCCAUCUGCUCCACCGGACCCUACUCUUCCCUCCAUCUGCUAAACACCGGACCCUACUCUUCCUCCAUCUGCUCCACCGGACCCUACUUCCCUCCAUCUGCUCCACCGGACCCUACUCUCCCUCCAUCUGCUCCACCGGACCCUACUUUCCCUCCAUCUGCUCCACCGGACCCUACUCUUCCCUCCAUCUGCUACACCGGACCCUACUUCCCUCCAUCUGCUACACCGGACCCUACUCUUCCAUCUGCCAUCUGCCCUCCAUCUGCACACGGAUCCUACUUUCCUCCAUCUGCUCCACCGGACCCUACUCUCCUCCAUCUGCUCCACCGGACCCUACUCUCCGGACCCUCUUUCUCCAUCUGCUACACCGGACCCUACUCUUUCCUCUCCCAUCUGCUCCACCGGAUCCUACUCUUCUCCAUCUGCUGGCACCGGACCCUACUUUUCCUCCAUCUGCUCCACCGGACCCUCUCUUCCCUCCAUCUGCUCCACCGGAUCCUACUCUUCUCCCUCCAUCUGCUCCACCGGACCCUCUCUUUCUCUCCAUCUGCUCCACGGACCCUACUCUUCCUCCAUCUGCCACACCGGACCCUACUCUUCCCCAUCUGCUACACCGGAUCCUACUACUUCCUCCAUCUGCUCCACCGGACCCUACUCUUCCCUCCAUCUGCUACACCGGACCCUACUCUUCCCUCCAUCUGCUACACCGGAUCCUACUCUUCCCUCCAUCUGCUACACCGGACCCUACUCUUCCCUCCAUCUGCUCCACCGGACCCUACUCUUCCCUCCAUCUGCUCCACCGGACCCUACUCUUCCCUCCAUCUGCUCCACCGGACCCUACCUCCAUCUGCCCACCGACCCUUCCCUCCAUCUGCUACACGGACCCUACUCUUCCUCCAUCUGCUACACCGGAUCCUACUCUUCCCUCCAUCUGCUCCACCGGACCCUACUCUUCCUCCAUCUGCUACACCGGACCCUACUCUUCCCUCCAUCUGCUCCACCGGACCCUACUCUUCCUCCAUCUGCUACACCGGAUCCUACUCUUCCCUCCAUCUGCUCCACCGGAUCCUACUCUUCCCUCCAUCUGCUACACCGGACCCUACUCUUCCCUCCAUCUGCUCCACCGGACCCUACUCUUCCCUCCAUCUGCUACACCGGACCCUACUCUUCCCUCCAUCUGCUACACCGGACCCUACUCUUCCCUCUCCAUCUGCUACACCGGAUCCUCUCUUUUCCUCCAUCUGCUCCAUCCGGACCCUACUCUUCCCUCCAUCUGCUACACCGGACCCUACUCUUCCCUCCAUCUCCAUCUGCUCCACCGGACCCUACUUCUCUCUCCUCCAUCUGCUCCACCGGAUCCUACUCUUCCCUCUCCAUCUGCUCCACCGGAUCCUACUCUUCCCUCCAUCUGCUCCACCGGACCCUACUCCCAUCUGCUACACUUCCUACUCUUCCUCCAUCUGCUCCACCGGACCCUACUCUUCCUCCAUCUGCUCCACCGGAUCCUACUCUUCCCUCCAUCUGCUCCACCGGAUCCUACUCUUCCCUCCAUCUGCUACACCGGACCCUACUCUUCCCUCCAUCUGCUACACCGGACCCUACUCUUCUCCAUCUGCUACACCGGACCCUACUUCUCUCCAUCUGCUCCACCGGACCCUACUCUCCCCUCCAUCUGCUACACCGGACCCUACUCUUCCCUCCAUCUGCUCCACCGGAUCCUACUCUUCCCUCCAUCUGCCACACCGGACCCUACUCUUCUCUCCAUAUUCUACACCAGCCCAUACACGUCUCUCCAUCUGCUGCACCAGACCCUAA